AGGGAGCACACUGUCGUUCUCGAUGUGUCGGCUGCUUAACCGCAGUCGGAGGGAUGGGGGCUUUGAUGGCGCACCAGAUGGCGGGUCGGUCGGGAGACGAUGGGGACGGGGAUGUCCACACGUCUGACUGCAAAGAACAUUCCGGUACGUCCGUGGCAGACUCUGAGGAAGGCUCUGGCUUUGAGGAAGAUGAGGAAGACCGGGUGGAUUUAGAAGCCAACGAGGAGAGGGAUGAGGAGGAGGAAGGCGAUUGCGAAGAAGUCAAGACGGUGUUCAAGCCAAGGCAGAAAGCAGGAGGCCGAAAGAGAAGCAGCAGUACAUCUGAAGAAGAAAUGGCCAAUAAGAAACCUUGUUGUUUGGAUGAGUCGGACGGAAACAACAGAAACCGGCCCGCAGGGCGGGAUCUGCCCGAUAAGCAGCUCCUGCAGGUGGCCAAAACGCUGGGAAAGGAGUGGGAGCAGGUUGCCAUUCACCUGGAGCUGAAGACCAAAGAUCUGGACGACAUCAAGGCAGACAGACAGAUGACUGUGGCCAUGCAGAAGCUGAAGAUGUUUGUGCUGUGGAAGCGCUGAAGAAGGAAAGGAAAGGCCACAGCUCAGGACCUGCAGAAAGGUCUGGAAGACCUGGAGGACCUACCGGUCGAGACUCAUCUGUUAUUGAAAGAAAUGGUACAAGGCCCAGUUAAAUGACAUGACAAUGGCAUUUGCAGAGGCCCUUAUGCAGGAGAUGUCUCCGGGGAAAGAAAGCCAUGGAGACAUGUGAUGGACCAAAACGCAAACGAUGGACCAAACGACACGAAACAGUGGAGCUGUCUUGAGUGUUUGCUGGUUGGCCGGAUGCGGCCAAAUGACAGCAUCAGACUAAGUCCCUCCUUUCCUGAGCUGCUCAAUGUCUUAUUGGGAUCACAACGAUGGACUCGAUGAGUCAGUCCUGCAAUGGACAAUAGUUCUGUUGACUCUGGAAAGUAAUUGUUGAUAUCAUGUUUAGAAUAAGCCUAGAUGUUCCCCUCAGGUACCCUCUUAUAUCCAGAUAGAUAUAGAUAUGAAUUCAUUAUCAUGAUCAUGGAGUGUGCUUUUAUUGUAGGCCUUACCUAGAUGUAGCUUAUUGCGUAACCAGCUAUAGAUGCUAACAUGGUGCAUAAAAAAUGGAAAUUAAUUCAACUUUGUUUAUCGCUUCAGAGUACAUAUUUUCUUUUAGAAAUGUAUUGUGUAAAUUGGUAUAACUGCUUUUUUCAAACUUUAUACAUUUCAGGGAAUUUCUCUUGUUUUGUUUGUAUGAUGCAUUUUUUUUCGAAGCUGUUUUACAAAAGGGUGCUUUCUUGCUUCAUUUGUUAUUUAAAUAUUUCUAUACCUUAUCAAAUUAAGGAUUUAAUAAUAAUAAUAAUAAUAAAUGAAAUUUAUAUAGCGCUUAAUAUGGUACUCUAAGACGCUUUACAUAUUGGCCUAUCAAAACUAUGUAAGACAGACUAGGAAUAAAAGAAAAACAGAGGUUAAACAUGAAGAAUAAGGUGGGAGUUAGGUGGGGAAGGCUAGCUAGAUUUAUAUUGUUUGAUCAUUCCAAAACAUUCAUAUUAAUAAAUAGGCUUCUGUUGAGCAAUUGUCAAGGUGAAAUAAGAUCUAUGAUGAAAAGAUAAAUGAUCUAAUAUAGAAAAUGUGGUUAAGCAUUCGCGUCAGCCUGCAACUAAAAUAUAAAAACAAAUGGAAGCCAAAUAUUGUAAUAUGUCAAUGAGUCGUGGAAAGGUGCCUCAAAACGUCUCUAUCGCGUUUAGACAAAAGUUCUGCUACAUAUUAAUAUGAUACGAAACAGUUUUAUCCUCAAUAAACUAAUCUGCAUGCAUGAAA